CUUGUCUUCAACUCGUUUUUCAUCCCUCCUCUGUUUCGCUAAAAAGGCAGCCAUGCUCGCAGCAGCCCUCCGCCAGACCUCUCGUGCUUCGUCGUCUUCACUGAAGACAGGCCUGCGUGCCUCCAACUCGCUGAAAUCUCUUUCUGCGGCGAACGUUUUUCGUCCCGGACAUGCCUUCGCGAGGACACUCAUCACCAAGAGAUACACCAAAGACCACGAGGCGGUCGAGUUCGACGACGAGAAGGGUUUGGGUACGGUCAUGAUCACGGAUUACGCACAGUCAAGUCUUGGGGAUGUCGUUUUUGUUGAAUUGUCGGAACAGGGGUCGUCGGUAGGACAGGGUGACAACAUCGGUGCUGUGGAGAGUGUGAAGGCUGCGUCUGAUAUCUACUCCCCGGUAUCCGGAACAAUUGAGGAUAUCAACAGCCAGUUGAGCAGCGAGCCUUCACUCCUCAACAAGUCGCCAGAACAGAAAGGCUGGCUUUGCAAAAUCAAACUCGCGGAUCCUUCAGAGCUGGAGAAGCUCAUGUCCGCGGAGGAGUACAAGGCCUUCUGUGAAGAGGCAGCGUCAUAAAGGGCUCCGAUAGACGAAGCGUCAACCGCUUCAAUUCAAAUUUCCGCGAUGACUUCAGUCAGGAUCACGAGCAUCAACUGCACUCACGCUAUGCUAGGAGGACCUGCGUCGGGUAAUGGGGCUGGCAAGGAGAACGUAGAGGCUAGACGGAGGGUGGUCUUACACCACGUUUAGGUUUCGGUUAAUGUACAUGCAUGCAUAACUCGGCUUGGUUGAUUUCAUACGCGAGCAGGCAAGAGAUAAUGUUGGUCGAUAAUUGAUGGUCCUCUAUGGCUAGCAAAUCC